AUGAAGUAUCUCUUAGGUUUAGCUGGCCUUGCGGCUCUCGCGUCUGCAGCACCAGCUGAGACGCCAACCCGAAUUAUUGAGGAGCAAAUGCUGGAACGAAACCCCGCUGCUGCUGCCUCUGCUGCAGCUGUUACCAUUGCCCCUGGGAGUAACCCUUUUGCAACACGCACACUCCAUGCCAAUUCGGUUUACGCUUCCGAGAUCGCAGCAGCAAUGGCCAAUGUAACAGACGCUACAAUUAAGACACAGGCAUCUGCUGUUGCUGAAGUUGGUAGUUUCUUGUGGCUCGAUACUAUUGCCCGAGUUCCAUUAGCAACCACAUUGUUGGCAGAGACCCCAUCUACCGAAAUCCUCGGUCUUGUUAUCUAUGAUCUCCCUGGUCGUGAUUGCUUUGCCAAGGCCUCCAAUGGAGAAUUGGCAACUGGUCAGCUCGCAACAUACCAGUCAGAUUACAUCGACCCCAUCGCUGCCGCUAUAAAAGCUGCUCCGCAAACCGCUGUGGCCUUGAUUAUCGAGCCUGAUUCUCUUCCCAACUUGGUCACGAAUAUUAACGCAACCGCUUGCGCAGCUGCCGCUUCAGACUACAAGGCUGGAGUUGCUUACGCUUUGAAAACACUCAACCUCCCCAAUGUAGCUAUGUACAUUGACGCUGGUCAUGGUGGAUGGCUUGGGUGGGAUGCCAACCUGCAGCCUGGAGCAGAUAUGAUCACCAGCGUCUACAAGACUGCUGGCUCGCCCUCGCAAGUGUUUGGAAUCUCCACCAAUGUUGCAGGGUGGAACGCUUGGUCUGAGCUCCCCGGCGAGUUCUCAACAACCUCUGAUGCGCAGUACAACAAAUGCCAGGAUGAGCAGCGCUACAUCGAUGCAAUCCUGCCUCUUAUCUUGGCCGAUGGCAUGCCCGCUCAUGCAAUCAUUGAUACCGGACGUAAUGCCGUCCAAGGCCUCCGCCUGGCAUGGGGAGACUGGUGUAACGUCAACGGAGCCGGUUUCGGUGUCCACCCAACUUCUUCCACCGGUAAUGAUCUUGCUGAUGCUUUUGUUUGGGUUAAACCUGGUGGAGAGAGUGAUGGAACCAGUGACUCCACUGCCACCCGCUAUGACUCUUUCUGUGGUCUGGCUGAUGCAUACAAACCUUCACCACAAGCUGGAACAUGGAACGAGCCAUACUUUGAGAUGCUUCUCAAGAACGCCAACCCCGCAUUCUAA